AGACGGAUGUGGCCGGCUUCGGGACCAAAACCAGCCGCUACAGCGUUUUGCAGCUCGGAAACGGACUCAGCUGGAGUUGGUCUAACGACGCUAGGGUUCCGCCGCCGCUGCCGGUCGAGCGGGUGAAGCCCCUCCCUCACAGACGGUCUCCUGCGCCUUCGGCCGGUCGUCGUCAUCGAGCGGAUCCAAACUCUUUUCGUCGUCGCCGUGAGAGAAAGAUGUCGGCGAACUCGAGGGCCAGCUCCGAUCCGGUGGACCUCGAGAAAAGAGCCGCCGGGAUGAAAACGGCGGCGGGGGAGGAGGAGGAGCUGGCCGUCGUGGACCCGCGGAAGGCCGAUUUGAUCAGGCGCUCGCUAGACAUUUUCUUCGUGGUGUAUCUGCUGUUUCACGUUGGUGUCUUGGCAGUGAUGGUCAUGGUUUCCAACAACUGGUGGGAUCCGUGGCCGGGUGUUCUUAUCCUAUCGCCUAUCUUCGUAGGGACACUCUGGCUGACACCCAAGAUGAAGGGCGUGUAUAUUCAGCUCUAUGCCACGAAGUGGCCACCGGGAAGUGACAGCGAUCUUUCUACCAAACUACUGGCAGCUGAGAAAUAAGCCAAUGAGUGAAUAAGUGUCGCUGUUAGUAUGUGCAGUUUGGUGCCCUGAUAGUAGUAGUAGGCUAGUGGUAUAGACUGGUAGUAUGCAUGGUGCCUGCCCUUAAGCUAGUUCUUCAGUUUUGUAUGCCCAGCUGAUAAAUUGGACAGGCACCAGAUGGGCGUGGAUUUGUGUUGAGCAAUACUAUGGAGUGUACUUGGACCUGCCUUACCUCUAUAAUCGAAGCCAGCAUAUUUAUUGUCGUUGCA